AUGGAGCAAGAGUCGGUGACGGAGGCAGUGAAUGUGUUAGGCAGGAGGUGGGCUGACGUCGUCCUUGACGACGAGGAGGACGACGUCUUCAUACCGCCCGGUGCGGCGGAGGUUGAGCAGCCUGCUGCGGCGGUCCAAACGUGGCGGCUAGUCGGCAGAUUCUUGACUACUAAACUCGUAAAGGCGGAGUUCAUGAGCCAAGUCAUGGCUUCGGUAUGGCAGCCGGUUAAGGGGGUACAGGUUUCAGAGUUGCAACCGGGGCUUUUUUUGUUUGUGUUCUUCCAUGAAACGGAUAUUCAAUUGGUUCUUGAGGGAAGGCCAUGGUCCUUUGAGAAUCACACGCUUGUUUGCAAACAGGUUCAGGAUGGGGUUAUUCCGGGCACGGUACCGCUGGAUACGGUUGAUAUGUGGAUUCAGGUACAUGACUUACCACUGGGCUACACCUCUGACAUUAUUCUGGAACAGGUUGGAAACUUCCUUGGAACGUUUAUUAAGAUUGAUGACAGAUUUGCGAAUGCGCCAUGGAAAACAUUCCAUCGAAUUAGGGUUUCAAUUUCAGUUUUGAAACCACUGAAGCGUCGUAUGAAGUUCAUGAAGAGGGAUAAGUCAACUUGUUGGGUUAACUUUAAGUAUGAAAGGCUGCAUAAUUUCUGUUACUUCUGCGGUAUGAUGGGGCAUCUACACAAGUAUUGUCUGAGAGCAAGGGAUGCAGGUGUUCCGAUUGAGCAAUAUCCGUAUGGUGAGGGCUUACGUGCGGGUUUUAAGAAGGGUCCACGAAAAGUGGGUGCGUCAUGGUUGCUGGACAUGAACGGCAAGCCUAUGGCGGGAUCCCCAUUGGAUGCUAUACCGAGUGUGCGGGGUGAUAGCCAUGGUGACGCAACAUCCGACGCUACACGGGUUUGUGGUGAGAGCGUGGUUGUUGAGGCGGCAACGAAGAGGAGGCGGGCGGAUUUGAAUAUGAAUGAUGUGAGCGGUGUGAAGAAUGGUGGGGAUGUUGUUAUGACAGAGAUCCAAAAAAACAUGUCUGCGGCGGGUACUGGUUCCCAGACCCGCCCAUCAUUAUGA